AUGGUAUUUACAUCGCCAUCAUGGUGUCAAGACAUCCUCAUGCCCAUUCCAAACAAUGAGCUCGUGGGCGAAUUUGUUAUGAGAAGAGGCCAUGGUCUUAACGACGUAUCUGAGGACAGCCCAAGCUCAGUAUGUGCUUAUACAGGCAAGUCGUACUCGAUAAGGGACAUCAGACACAACGUAAAAUCUCUUUCAAAAAGUCUAAGUCAGAUAUUGGGUUGGGAUUUCAAUCAUGGCAAUCCCGAGGACAAAGUUGUCGCUGUCUGCUCCUUGAACUCGAUCGACUACGUCCCUCUCACUUGGGCCAUCCAUCGACUUGGUGGCAUCUGCCUGCUUCUACAUCCAACAUCGUCAGCGUCUGAACUUGAGACUUUGAUGAGGAAGGCCAAUUGCAAGGCCGUGUUUACUUGCAAGCCAUUGAUGGCUCAAUGUCAAGCUGCUUUUACCGCGAUAAAUGGAGAUCCUUCCAAUAUUUUCUUGGUAGAAUUGCCAUUGCCAGAAGAGCAGCCGGUCAAGAUAUCCAACACAACAAUAUCCCAGUUGAUCGCCGAUGGAGAGGGUUUGCCCGACCUUCAACCCCUUGACUUACAAGAUUUUGACAGCAAGGAACGCCUAGCUUAUUUCUGCCCGACUAGUGGCACUUCUGGAUUUCUGAAAAUUGCGAAGGUAUCCCACGCGAACGUGAUGGCGAAUAUUUUGCAAUGCACAACGAUGGAUUCUUAUACGACAGCCUCACAAACAGAUGUAACUCUAGGCAUAUUGCCGCUCAGCCAUGCUUAUGGUCUUUUGGUUCAGCACUUUGUGACAUUUCGAGGGGAUUGUAUCAUCUUACAUCCCAAAUUCGAUAUGCAAAUAGCUUUGAAAUCAGUCCAACAAUAUCGUAUUGUUAGAUUGUAUUUGGUGCCUACUAUUAUUGGUGCACUUGCCACAAAUCCGAUCCUGUUCAAACUGUUCGAUCUAUCUUCAGUGAAGCGUGUUAUCACUGGCUCCGCUAGUCUCCCCGAACAAGUUUCAAAAGCAAUUAAUCAACUCUGUCCGGAAUGGGAAAUAAACCCUGGCUAUGGUCUAACUGAGUCAUUUGUAUGUAUGUCUUGGACUAGCCCCAACAGCCAAUAUCCAGGGUCUACUGGUUGUCUCCUCCCACUUGUGGAAGCUCGACUUCUGGAUGCUGAUGGCUCAGACAUCACUGCUCAUGGACAAGCCGGGGACCUUCUCGUUCGCUCUCCCAGCGUUAUGAAAGAAUAUCUAGAUGACGAUUUGAAACGAGAUGUAACAUUCGAUUCUGAUGGGUGGCUGAGAACUGGUGAUGUGGCAACCUUCAAACAAAACCCCAAAGGCGACAGUCAUCUCUUCAUUGUGGACAGAAAGAAAGACAUCAUGAAGGUGAAGGGUAUUCAAGUUCCUCCGGUUGAGAUCGAGGGGCAUCUUGUGGCUCACCCCGCCGUAGAUGAUGCGGCAGUAGUGGCAAUAUCAGACGAAGAUGCGGGAGAACGUCCAUUUGCAUUUGUUGUGCGUUCUCAAAAGGUCAUGACAGAUAUUGACGAGAAGAGUCUCAAGAAGGAUAUAAGUGGUUACAUUCAGAGCACACUGAGCGAGCCUUACUGGCUACGUCAGAACAUCAGGUUCAUCGAUGCCAUCCCUAAGAGUCACAACGGAAAAGCUCUGAAGUUCAAGUUGAAACAGCAACUCGUCACUUCUUCUGCUUAG